AGAGGGGUCAUUAGUCUAUUACAUCCGACCGAUAUUUACCAUGGAACUAACUAUAUGACCGAGCUAGCUAGACCUCCUCGGUUGAUUUACUACACAACAUUUUGGAUAUAAAGUAAGGUACGGUGGAUUUAACCCGGGUUCCUGCACGCUGUUGCGGUGCUUCUGGUUCUGGGGACGUGACCCCGGCGAAGGGUUCACAUAUUUUUUCUUAAAAAGGAGACGCUGCCAGAUCCAACGUCACUGUAAGCAGAGGGAUAUUUUUAAGGUCACAAGAAAGUGUUUACAUCUCCGUCUAAUUCCUCAUAUUUCGGACCUUCUGAGUGUUUGAGUUGGGCAGUUUUGGGGGAACCUGCGUUUCGCUAACGUGUGGCGUGUGGACCUGGACAAGGGCACUGAAGAGGGGAAUGACAUCUGUCAAUUUAAUGUCUCCAAGUCCAGUCCGAUUGAUGCGUUGCCAGUAGUAGUAUCCAACAAGAACCACACACUCCUCUCCUAGGUGGUCUGGCUGCUUUGUGUGGUGGUGAUGUUCCAUUGCUAAUUGAGGUAGCCUCUGCCCCUGUCCUGAAUGGCUGUGUGCAGAGGGGGUACGGCCUUCUGGGUGGGUUGUGUCAGGAGCAAUGGCCCCCGACAGCCCAUCACGAGUCGGCAGUGCAGCCUCCCACAGGCGGUGGUGUGGCAGUGGGCUGGACAGACCCGACCCCUGAACAGCGCAUCGCGGGCCCUCUCUCCCCCACACGCUCUGAGGUACCAGGCCGUCAAGCAGCCCCUCCUUCCCAACCCACUCCUCCCGGCCGGCCACCUCCACAAGACGGGCCGCCUGGAGGAGGAGUGGGAGGACUCGCUCAGCGUGUGUGUCCUGGUGCGAGCGCGGGAGCCCGGCGGCCCGCCCACCCUGGUGGAGAUCCCCCUGUUCGGACGGGCGAGGCUGGGGGAGCUGCUCACGGCAGGCGCCCCGAGGCCCAAGGAGCCCCCCUUCACGCUGACCACGGUGGACGGCCGCCGUGAGGAUGACAUUAGCCUGGUGGUGAGGGCGGGGCGCGCGGCCGGCGGCAAGGACACGGCCAGCGUCCCCGAGCGCGAGCACAGCACCUUCCGGAACCUCUUCCGGGUGGAGAAGUGUCCGGCGCCCUUCGUGCACGGGUCCGUGUUCUACUGCUUCCACUGCCCGGGUACGGACCCGGCGGCGGUGGCCAGCUCAGCCACGCCCGCCGGGCUGAAACGCAGGCAGGCGGUCGGACUGGAGGGGCGGCCCCUGGAGCACCCUCUGUCGCUGUCCAGCUUCCUGGGUGACCAGGUGGAGGGAGCCCAGGGGCAGGCGGAUGGGGAGCGGGGCGACGAGGAGGAGGAGAAGAUGGCCUUGAUGUAUGAAAGACUUAGAAUAGAGCUUCCAAACUUCUUCCGGAAGAGCCAUGACUACACCAUGUAUUCCAGCGACCUAGAGUUUGUUAAUGGACUUACCAACACCCACACCAGAGGGCGCCUGCUGUACCAGCUGGUCCUCUCCCUGUGGCGGGUGCUCUGCCUGUUCUACUACGCAGAGGCCCGGCUGGAGGUGCUGAAGCUGACCAAGCACAUGGAGGACGGCACCAUCAAGGCGCGCUGGAGGGUCCACGGACUGCCCUUCCACAGCGUGUGUCUUCGCUUCUACCGGAAGGACAUGUCCCAGCUAUACAGGUCAUAUGAUGCAUUCUCCACUUUCUACAUUGGGCACGACGGACUCAUCCGCUGUCACAAGGUUGAAAAGGUGAUGGAGGCGCGGCCCCCGCUGCUGCCCAAGCUCGGCACUCUGCUUGCGGGGGCCCUGGUGGCCCUGGGAGUGCAGGAGCACCGGCCCGCCCUCAACCUGCUGCCGCUCUUCUUCCUGUCCCGACGGCAGGGGCGGGACUGACCCCCGGAGGAGGGGAGGAGCGGGCGGCCAUGGAUCUAGCAGUGUGCUCUGAUUGGACGGGAAGCCCAUGGAGGAAUGAAGGAACAGGGUAAUGAGGGACCAGCUGUUCUCAUUAGGAACCUGGCAGCGAGGCACGAGACGAGGGAAUACAAUGAUACAGACGGGAGAACAUGUGUGAAUUAAUGGUUCAAGAUCCGUAGGAGACGGGGUACGUCAGGAUUCUUAGCUGAAUAGAAUUUGACUGGACCAGCUCAGUAACAUGACGGUCAAAGGCGAGACCUAUAUUCUGAACAGUAGAAUAGAUUUGUGACUGAAAUGGACUAAUAAAUGAAUUUACUCCAGUGGUAAAGUUAUCUUUUCCAAUUCAAAGACUCCUUCCUUGGCGUUCCUUGGUGUUGGCUGAGCGUUCAGGGAGGGACUGGUUCAAGUUAUGGGGUUUGGCAGAGAGGGAGAGGUCUGUGUAUCAUCAUGUGAGACAUGGUGGAAGGGGAUGGACCCAUGACGUUGAGGCAGCAUGUACAAAGAGAAGAGGCUUGGUUCAGGAGGAGGACUCGUGAUUAGUUAUGCAAAACAUUUAGGCAAGACUCAAAUCCGUGCAACGCUGUAGCAGAGGCAUCACGUAAAGUCAUACGAACGAUGGAAUCCAACCCAAAUUAAGCAAAAUACUAACAUAAUAUUCUUUGUCAGCAUGCAUAAGAAUGUAAUUGGUCGCUGUUAGUAAAGCGAAGUUGGUCCGUAACCAUUCUUUGAAGGAUGUUUGGUCAAAAGGGCAUGCUUGAAGAUUUAUCUGUAAUCUAACUGGGCUGGUUUGAGGGAAGGUUAUUUUGAGGAGUGCCUUUACGUUGGCAACUUUGAAAGUCAGGUACUGCGGAAGUGAGAGAGUCGUAGAUAAUUGGGCGCGGGCAUGAACCUCAGACAGUAAGGAAAUUGUGUGAGAACAGUUUCACAGUGACUGGAGGAGGGCCUCAUACAGGCUCCUGUGAUGGGACCUGCAGGGAGACCGCAGCAGAGCCAAGACCGUUAAUCAUCCUGAACAGGAACCGUGGGUGGGGUUUACUAUUAAUCAGGCCAGAAAAGUCUGCAGCUCACUCGCGCUUGAUGAGGUCGAGUAUGAGCAAAAGCUCCAUCACAGGGAGGGGGUGCACUUGCACUUCAAGUUAGGUUUUCCAUCCGUGUUAGGCCCUCAAUUGUUGUCCGAUGUUUG